UAUCUGUUCAUCUAUAAAAACAACAUCCAUGAUCUCUUUAGUCUUUUACACAUAACUCCAAUAAGUGACUCUUUUUUUCAUUCAGCACACAAACAAAAAGUACGAAGUCUCGAUUUUUUUUUUCUUUCUCUGAAUCUGUUUUUGUGCGUCACUCUUCAUCAAUGGAUGACAAAGCAAAAAGCUUAAAGAUCAAUAAGAACAUGGAGGAUUUUGCGAACGUGGAAGAAGAAAUGGACCUAAAAAGAGGUCCAUGGACCGUUGAGGAAGAUUUAGAGCUCAUCAAUUACAUCGCUAAUCAUGGUGAAGGUCGAUGGAACUCUCUAGCUCGUUGUGCCGGACUCAAAAGGACCGGCAAAAGCUGCAGACUUCGGUGGCUGAACUAUCUCCGACCAGAUGUCCGCCGUGGAAACAUAACUCUUGAAGAACAACUCUUGAUUCUUGAACUUCACUCCCGUUGGGGCAAUAGAUGGUCUAAGAUUGCGCAAUAUUUACCAGGGAGAACAGAUAACGAGAUCAAAAACUAUUGGAGAACACGUGUUCAAAAGCAUGCAAAACAGCUUAGGUGGGACGUGAACAGUCAACAGUUUAAAGACACCAUGAAGUAUCUUUGGAUGCCUCGGCUCGUAGAACGGAUCCAAGCCACCUCCACGAGGUCUGUUUCCACGUCAUCUUGCGUCACCACCUCUUCAGAUCAGUUCGUGAUCAACAACAACACCACCAACAUGGAGCAUUUGAGUUUAACGAGUAACCCUAAUGGUCACAUCAUCACGUCGGAUCAUUCCAACGUGGCAGUAUCCCCUUCAUCAGAUUUGACGGAGUGUCAUCCACAAACGUCAUCGCAGAAUUAUUUGGAUAAUAACAAUUGUUUAUUCGGAGAUUUUACGAAGGUGCAAGAUCAGAGUUACCUUAAUGGGAUGAUACCUAAUUAUUGGGACAGUACUUUCUGGAACAUUGAAUAUGAUGAAGACCUCUGGCUCUUACAGCAACAGCAACAACUCGACAGUGGAAGCUUCUGAAAAGACACAAGAAGCUAUUUAAAAAGUCAUUAAAAAAAAAGUAAAAGGACAAAAACAAAGCUUCUAAUUAGGGUGUGAAAGGAAUUUGUUAUCAAUUAUUUGAAGAUUUUUUUUUGGUAGUUACGUUUGAUUGAUAUUUUGGAAUUGUGAUACUUAUUUUUGGAAUUGCUGAUAAUUUCUAAAACAAUUCAGAAUUCAAUUAAUAACCAAUUCUUUUAUUUUAAUUUUGUUGUUUUGGGGAUGA